UCCUCCGGGUUUAAACCGCGGCUGCUCUGAGUCCCGCUUCAGUCCGAGCAGCGGCAGCAGCAGCAGGAUGGCCUCCAACACCGCCACCAUGGGGAACCUCCCCAGCGGGAUCGGGAUAUGUACGACCAUCCCGGACAUCCUCUACCUGCCAGAGCUGAUCUUCGGCGGUCUGGUGUGGAUCCUGGUGGCGUGCACGCUGGUGGUGCCGGCGAACCCUCAGGGCUGGGUGAUGUUCGUGUCGGUGUUCUGCUUCGUCAUGACUUUCAUCUGGAUGGUGGUGUUCGCCUGCGGGGGGCAUCACAACAGAGGCAGCUGGGCCGCAGCCGACUUCGCGUAUCACGGCAUCGCCGCCUUCUUCUACCUCAGUGCUUCAGUGGCUUUGGCCAAAGUGACCCUGGACAUGAAAGACGGGACCAGCUUCCAGAACUACCAGCUGGACAUCUCUGCAGUGGUCUUCUCGUACGUGACGACUCUCCUCUACUUCAUCCACACCAUCCUGUCUGCCAUCCGAUGGAAAUCUUUCUAGAGGUUUCUGAACCAGACCAGGACUGACUUCUUUCUUAAAGCUUGUACAUAAAGCUGUGGCACGCUAACAUGAAGGGGGGCUGACGGUGACGGAGACUGACGGCUGUGGUUUGAGACCUCCCCCUCGCCGGGAGAAGGAGCAUCAUCUGGAUCGGCUGAGCGUCUGUCGGCGUCCGGCUGUCUGAAGCGGGAUUCAGAGGCCGACCCGGAUGGUUUGUGUCACAGAGCUGCUGGAGACCCUGUUCGCAGCUGAAACUGCAGCCUCACAAAUGACCGAAGGGUUGAGUCGACAGCGAGUCGCAAACUGCAGGAAACUGAAGGAGGAAGUCAUUUUUUUGUAAACUUUAUAAGAGCACGCAAACGACGGCUUUGUUUUUGUAAAGAAUUCAUUGAAAAUGAAUAAAUGUGUUUGUUUUGAAACAUUUAAAA